AUGCAAGUAUUAGUCGACAGUAAUUCUGACUUUGCCUUCAAGUUCUUCAGGAAGGUCUCUUCCAGUGAAAGCCAUCAAGGUGGCAGAAGCAAAAGCAAUGUUGUCUUAUCUCCCUUAUGCAUCUCCUCCGCCUUUGCAAUGCUGGCCUUGGGUGCAAAGGAUAACACUUUAGAUCAGAUUUUGAAAGGACUUGACUUUAAGCCAUCAGAGAUCCAGGAGAGGAUGAUACAUGAAGGCUUCUGUGAACAAACACACAUGCUAAAUAAUGGAGGAGUUGGACACCAGAUGGAAAUCGGGAAAUGUCUCUUUGUGCAAAACCAGCUAUAUCCUGAAGAACAGUUUUUAAGUGGCCUCAAAAACUUCUAUGGAGGAGACAUCUUUUGGGAAAAUUUUAAGAACACUGCAGCAACUAAGCAGCACAUCAACAGCUACAUCAAAAGGAAAACCCGUGGGAAGAUUUCUAAGCUUGUCGAUGAAGUCAGUCCCAACACUGAAAUUCUGCUAAUUAGUUAUAUUUAUAUGAAAGCUAAAUGGAAGAAGCCUUUUAACCCAAAGUACACAGAGGAGCACAACUUCUAUGUGAAUACCUACACGGCUGUGAAAGUGCCAAUGAUGUUCCAAAUGGGCACGUUUGAAAUUGGACGCGAUGAUGAGAAAUUUUGUAUGAUUUUGAAAAUGCCCUAUGAAGGUCACAGUGCUGCAUAUUUUAUCCUGCCUGACAAAGGGCAGCUUGAGAGGGUGGCCGGCAGCUUGUCAUGUGGAGUUUUACAGAAAUGGAAAAAUAUCCUUGUGAAAAGCUCUAUAGAUGUGUAUAUACCAAAAUGCCAGGUAAGUGGAGAGAUUAAGCUGAAGAAUAUAAUGUACUCUCUGGGUGUGGCUGAUGUAUUUACUGACAAAGCAGAUUUGUCCAGAGUCACAGGACAGCCCCAGCACAGGCUCUCAGAGGCCUUUCAUAAAGCUGUGAUAAUGAUUGAUGAAAAAGGAACAGAAGCUUCAGCUGCCACUUCCAUGGAUAUAGUGCCCCUGUCUGCACCUAUUGUAAUUCAAUUUAAUAGGCCAUUCCUAUUAAUAAUUGAAAAACAAAACAGUAUAAUAUUCAUAGGAGAAAUUUUAAAUGCUGCUAAGAAAUAG